AGAUCUGUGAAUCCUACCUGACUAAGGAAUGAAGAGCAUUAGAAAUGGCUUCAACUGGAGGAAAUGUCUUUCAGGUUUGGCCAACAUCUCAUCAAGCCCUCUGUGGUGUUUUUAAAAACAGAAUUGUCCUUCGCUCUUGUGAAUAGGAAACCUGUGGUACCAGGACAUGUCCUCGUGUGCCCACUGCGGCCAGUGGAGCGCUUCCGUGACCUGCGUCCUGAUGAAGUGGCUGAUUUGUUUCAGGCGACCCAGAGAGUUGGGACAGUGGUGGAGAAGCAUUUCCAGGGGACCUCUCUCACCUUUUCCGUGCAGGAUGGCCCCGAAGCCGGACAGACUGUGAAGCACGUUCACGUCCAUGUACUUCCCAGGAAGGCUGGAGACUUUCACAGGAAUGACAGCAUCUAUGAUGAGCUCCAGAAACAUGACAAAGAGGAGGAGGACUCCCCGGCCUUUUGGAGAUCAGAGGAGGAAAUGGCAGCAGAGGCUGCAGCUCUACGGGUCUACUUUCAGUGAUUCAGAUUCUGAAUUCCAACAGAAUGACUGAUGCCAACCAGUCUGAAGACACCCAUGGAGGAACUGAAUCAGCAUGAGAACACAGUUUCUUCGUGUCGCCAUCCUAUGACGUCACCCUGCACUCUUCAACCCAAUCAGCAAUCCCCACACCUUGGCUCACUCCAAACCCCUUAAAAUGCCUAGCCCCAAAAGUUUCAGAGAGGCCAAUUUGAGGUUUUCUAUGGUCUCCUCAUUUGGCAACCUUAUGAUUAAACGUCUUUCUCUGCUGCAAAAAAAAAAAAAAAAAAAAAAAAAAAAAAAAA